AUGAAUCAAGGCGAGAACUUGGUGCAAGCGCUUGCCUCCCAGUAUAUGGUAGACUUCUUCAUCGAUCGACCAUUUGAGCGACUCCUUCCUCGAUGUUGGCAAGAAUUCUUUUCAUCAUUGGGAAACGAAUCAAUCAUCGAGUUCUGCGAUCCAAGUCGAACACCCAGCCAUCUGAAUCAACCACAACCGCUAGGUUUACUUGCUCUACGGGUUCUCGCUUCAUCGCUCAGCACAGCUCGAGUUCACGUUGGUCGUCCCGAGGAUUUGUUGAGUCUUUUUGAGAUUAAUGAGAAAAGCGAUGAGCUGAUGCCGGAUUUCUCGCUAUCCUUAUCAAUUGAACUAAAACGGAAGAUCAAGGCUAAAAAAUUGCACGAAAUUGAACGAAUUCUGGAAGUGAUACGAUGCGCAAGGUUGAAGUCCCAAUUUGAAAAUGUUGUGGACAUCGGAGCCGGCGUCGGACACUUGACAAGAGCAAUAUCGAUGAGUUUGCCUGUUCGAGUGCAUUCAAUUGAAGGAAAUGAAAAAUUAGUAUCUGCAGCUAGGAAGCUGGAUUCAAAAUUUAGUUCUCUCCUGGUUUCGGAUGAAUCCACGUGGAUUAAACCUGAAAGAAAGGCCGAAUAUGUUUCUUUAAAUGCCGAAACGAAAAUUCCAGGCGAAGACGCUGGUGUUUGUUUGGUUGGGGUACACGCAUGUGGAGAUCUCUCAUCGACCAUAAUUCGGAUGUUUACGAAACAUCCACAAAUUACCUGUUUAAUAUUGUUUGGCUGUUGCUAUCACAAACUAAACGCAGGUGCUGACAAAUUAUAUCAGCAAAAGUGGGGGAAAUGCGCAGAAACAAUGGACUGCAACAUUGAAACGCUUGGUUAUCCACUGUCGAAUGGGCUUACAUCAAGUUUUACCUACGCGGCACGUGAAUUAGCGUGUUACGCGCGCGAGCAGUAUAUGGCUUCAGAAGAUUUCGACAUACGACAACAAAUUUUCCGCGCAUUGCUAGAAUGGAUUGUUGUUCGAUCUACGAUAGAUCAACUAAAUGGCCCUGUUCGUCAUCUACCUUUUCACGGAGUUUCUGCGUCGGCAAAUCUUGAAUUUGGAUCGUACAUUCAUGAAAUGCUAAAGCCUUAUCCUGAACUUCUAGAACCCGUUAAAAAUACUUUAUCAUCCAUGGAUCUUGAUAUUGAUGAUUUUGUAAAAAGGUCAACAUCCUCAUUUCUUUCGAUUUUGGCACUCCGAAUCAUGAUUGCUCCUCUUAUUGAGUCUUGUAUUGUUGAUGAUAGAGUACAAUAUAUACGUGAUGCUGGUCAUUCUGCGAUCUCUUUUCCUCUUUUUAAUUCUGUGGUUUCUCCUAGGAAUAUUUGUAUUGCUGCCUUCAAAAAAUUG